AUGGCGCUCCAACAUCGGCGUCAUCAACUCUCCCUAACGGGCUUUAUUCCGAAACCCAAGCCCCCAUCCUUGACUCCAGAGGAGUAUGGAAGUGUGCAAGCCCUGUUUAAGACUCUUAUCGAGUACGCUUCCAACCGAAAAGCCAAGGGGCGCUACAAGCCAGCAGCACUUAUAAGUCAAACAUUUCAACAUGUUAAGUCCACUGACGAGUUUCUUAUCCAUUUCUUCGUUUACACUUAUGCUCGUAUACAUCCUGAAGUAGAGGACGAAGCUGGCCCUGAAUUCCACCAAGCAUACACCUACUUUGGAGAUUUUUCGCUGUGGAAUUCAACACGCAAGGACGAAGCUGCGGCUGCCAUGGACAAGUUCGCGCAAUAUAUGAUUGAUAACUUUUUUAUGCCGCUUAGAGCCUCCUCUGUGAAAACGCCACAGCCCACUCCUGCAUCGCUGUCUUCAAAACAGUCCACACCGACAGGUACACGAAAUCGAGUAUCAAGGUUACGACAAGCAUGCCUUCUCCGCGACCACCACCGCUGUGUAGUAUCGCGAAUGUUUGAUCGAGCAGAAUUGAAAAGGCGACUCGAUAAUGAUGAAGAUAGCACAGAUGAUGAUGGAAAACCAUUAAAGGAUCUCAGCGGUAAUGAUUCUGAAUACCUAGAAGUGGCUCACAUAAUCCCUCACUCUCUCACAUCCCUCUCGCCUGAGGAGUCAGAAUUAAGUGAAUCAAAAAAGGCGGCACAUCACUUUCUUACAAUGUUUGACCCAAGCAUUGUUCAUCUUAUUGAAGGCCAGGAAAUUGAUAGCCCAAAAAACGCCUUGACACUAACGCACAAAUACCAUCGGCUUUUUGGCGAAUUUGAGAUUUAUUUUGAGCCCACUGAUACUAAGUACGAGUACAAAAUAGAAUCGACCGAAGAGAGGGCCUCCUUACGUGACUCACUAUUCCCAGUUUUUCGUCAGCUUCACCUAAGCCCUGAACACACUAUUGAUCCACCAUCCUCUCAACUUCUGGCUGUCCACUAUGCUAUUGCCCGCAUUUUAAAACUAAGUGGUGCCGGUGAGUACAUAGAGAAUAUUCUUCGAGAAAUGGAGGACACUAGCGUGAAGGAUGAUGGGUCAACAAACUUGGGGCGCCUCCUAAGCUGGGGUCUUAGGGGCUGGUUUAAGUUCGCCAGCACUGGAAUUCUUGCAAAUUGA